ACCGAAUAACAAUUGAAAUUGAAUCCAAAUCCCAAGAAAUAAUACGUGUAUUCGGUAAUACCAAAUAUAGACAAAUUUUGUACGAUAUUCGGUAUAUCCCAAAUACCGAUACCAAACUUCCAAGUUCUUGUCAUUGGUAAUCUUUAAUUUGAUGAAUUGAAGGAUGAGAGUCGACUAAUACUAGUGUUUUCUUUUUUGUGUUAUGAAAAUAACAAGUUAUUAGGUGGGAGAUGAGAGUUACUUAAAUUGGAUUAAAGGAUAAAAAAUGUCACAAAUCAAGAUAUAGAAUCUCUCUGAUUAUUGAUAAUUUAUUAGAGAUUUAAAAACUCAAAAGGUAAAAUCCAUGAUAUGAACAACAAUAAAUAAAUAAAUAACAUAACUUUCUAAUGAAUCAAUAGAUUUGGAGAGGACAAGACAUUGUAGGGAAUGGAGAAAGAUGUAAGAUUCAAAAUUAGCUCUGCUUAUCGUCUUGUGGAGGGAGAGCUGGAGAAGGAACCAAUUCAAAUAUGGGACGUCUUGUGGAAAUGGAGUGGUCCAAGCAGAGUGAAACUUUUCCUUUGCCUGGCCACGCAUAAUAAGCUCCUCACUAAUGCGGAAAGGAAUCUAGAAAGCUUUUAGUGGAAAGGUGAAAGAUAAGAGAAACAACAUCGACUUCACUACAUGGAUUAACAGUAACAUUAAAGCUGAUGACACAGGGGUUGAUUUCGGCCUUAUUUGUUGCUGAUUUGGAAACAAAGAAAUGAGGAGGUUAUGGAUGGUAAGAACUACUCGGAGAAUAAGUUGAUUUGCAUGAUCAAGGCGUGGUUCAAAAUUGCUGAAUAAGCUUAGUAGAAUUAAAAUUUGUGCUCUCCCCCAUCGAACACUCACCGGACAAAACUUCCAGUGGGUUGGAAACCACCAAGAGAAAGCUUGGUUCAAGUUCAGACAAGAUGGCUCGAUGUUGGGUGAUUCACUUGCUGCUGCAACAGGUGGAUUGAUAAGAGACAGAGAUGGAGAAUGUUUGGAUGCCUUCUCGUGCAACCUGGGUGUCUGCUCUACCACCCGUGCAGAGCUCAAGGGUGCGGUUGUUGGGCUCGAAAGAGCUUGGCAGCUCGAAUUCAGAGUUGUGGAGUUAAAUCUUAACUCUCAAACAAACAUUAACAUCAUCAAGAAUUGGCAGGAUGAUGAUCACCAGCACGGUUUGCUUGCCAGCAAGAUCGAACACCUGCUUACUCGUGACUGACACGUGGUAGUGAAGCAUGUGUUGUAGGUAGUGUAACUACUCUGCUGAUUUUUUUGGCUUCUAAGGGUCACUAUCUUCCUUUUGGCACAUAUUAUUUUGAUGUGUGCGACACUCACCUUUACCACUGGCUAUUGUAUGACGUUAUGGUAAUACCAUGACCUGUUCUAUUAAUAUGAUGAUUUAGGAAAGCUUUCGUCCUGUUCUCUAAAAAAAAAAAAAAAUAAGAUUAGCUAAAUUCAUUAUCAAAAUCCCUUUCUCCAAACGACCUCUAAACCUAUGACUCAUCUUUCUCAUUUUGUUAUAAAUGAUCGUUGAAAAUUAGGAAGGCAAUUCUACUCCCAAAUAUGAAAUAUCUUAACUAAUUUGAUUAAAUUAACGAGAAAAAUUCUCGCAUUAACUUGGUGCAUACACCCAUAAAAAAGUGAUAGAGAUGGAUUUAGGUGUCUCCCUCAUCUUGAUACCAUACAAGCCUCACAUUCAAUCACCAUGCUACAUACACCCAUUGACAUGUUAGUUUAUCCUCUCUUUCCUUUUCUUCCACCAAAAUUUCAAAAAAACACAACUGUAAAUUGUUUGAUUUUACAUUUUCAAUUCCUUCAACACAAAUACGUCACCUCAUAACCCUAAUUUCCACAAACAAUUUAUAUUUUUGAUAUGUUUCUCAUGUAUUUUGUAAUUAGUUUCUGAUUCAUGAUGUACGUUCAAUGAUCAAGCUUUUACAAUCACAUGUGAUUUCAACUUGAUUAUAUUAUGUUUCAAUGAAAUUUUGAUAUGAUAUUGAGGGUGAGGGUUAUCGCGGGUAUCAAAAACGGUGGGGGUGGGGGGAUGAGAUGAAAAGGCUACACCCGCACAAGAAUGGAGAGGAAAUUGAUAUAAAAAUUGCAAAUAGGGACUUAUGUUGGGAAAUGUAAUUAACUUAAACGAAUGCCUAGGGUAGUAUUUCAUAUGACAUCUGACAAUUUCUCCACUUAAAACUAACUACUAGUGUUUGGAGUAACCACGCGUGGUUGAGAUGCUCUUGGUAUGUAUCCAUUAAACUAAAAAGAGAUAAAAAGGGGUUAGAAGUACAAGCAAAAAGGAAAAUGCAGAAAGUAAAGAAAGUAGUAUUAAUAGUAAGUAGGUGAUCGACAACUCAGUGAGAAUUGCGACAUCCCAAAUGCUGAGUGUCGAUGGUGGCCUCUCCGAUGCUCGGCAACUCAGUGAGAAUUGCGACAUCCCAAAUGCUGAGUGUCGAUGGUGGCCUCUCCGAUGCUCGGCAACUCAGUGAGGAUGGUGACAUCCCGCAGUGUGAUUGUCAUUUCCCGCUCGAGAAAGGGGAAGUUGUGUGUCUCAGGACGCCACCUCUCUGACAUGAUCGUGAGUAGCUCAUUGUCAAUCUCCAUCUUCACGAAGUGUCUCACCCUUUCCAAACCUGCCAUUUAUAGAUUGGGCGCGAUUCAGGUUUGAAACUGGGGCAAGCACCCGGUCCCUCUACGGAUCACAGGAACAAGUGAUUCCUAAGCAAAAAUGCACAAAGUAAGUUUUAUAGCAACAAUUUAAAAUAAUAAAAAAAACAUUACUUUGAAGGUAGGGCGUGCCUACCGGGUUGUUGUUCCAAAUGACAUGAGAUCGAUGAUUUUCUUGAUCGGUUAAAUAUCGAACUUCCCUCGGGCUAGGUUGAAUAUACAAUAUAGGAUCGUAAAUAUCCGCCGCCAUCUAUCAUUUCAAUACAGGAAAAUACCAUUA